AUGGUCAUGGAGGCUUCUUCGGACCCCAACAAGCGACUAUGUCGACUCCCAGUUCCUAGCCUCUCUUCUUCCUCCUCAGGCCAACACCUUGACCCUAUCCUUGCCGAUGUCGACCAGAAGCACGUCGAUCAGAUCAUCUCCUCGUUCCUCUCCUUGUCCGUGUCGCCUUCCUUCUCCUCGUCCGAAGCCAUCGGCUCCUCGUUCGAACGAGCCCUUGAAAAAAUGUUCAUAUAUUCUGUUGACGAAUCUGUGAAUCUGGAUCGUGGACUCGAACUCUCCUCGCUUCUUCACGAGUCCACCAAAAGGUGGUAUCGUAGACAGGCCACAACCCACAAUUCCAUAGCAUGGCCACUUCCUAGUGAGCUCACGGUUAAGGUCUUUUCCAUGGUUGAUACAAAAUCAUUGGUGCAAGCUUCGGCGUGUUGCACCAUGUUCAAGAAAUGUGCCUUGGACCAAGUUUGUUACUCCAACGUUGACUUGACCACCGCAAAUGUUAAAAGUCAAGUUGUGCGUAAUAUGAUCCUUAAGGCUGGAAAGGAACUCAGAUCUCUUAAAGUUGGAUGUCGAGAUGAAUCUACAGAUAACCCUAUGCUUAUAGGAUCUUGUCUUGCCCCUCUAUCAUAUCAAAAGCAUGGUGUUCUUGGGAAUCUCCUGGGAAGCUUACACCUUUACAUUCGCGGAUGGUUGGACCGCAAGUACUGCUUACGUGGUCCAUGUGCUUCUAUAAAUGCUUCGCCCUUCCAGAAAAACUGCCCCAAUCUUACUUCACUAUCACUUAUAGGUUUUCACAUAACAGACCUAGAAGCCUACAUGCUUUUGAUGGGUUUGCGUAAAGUCAAGUACAUGGACCUAUCCAAAACAUCUGGAUUUGAAGGACGCUUUUUGAGGGAUGUGAGCCAUGACUUCAAAGACGCUGUGAUCGAGACUCUAAUAUUGCGAGAUUCCAUUUUGCUAACGCAGCAGGACGCUUGCGAUUCAUUCGAUACAUUGUAA